GCAUGUACUGGGGGCUUUUCCGAAAAAUUCUGUAUAUCAGUCGUUGUUAGUCGCUUUUAAGAUUAUAUUAUAUCUAGCCUACAACACGAAUGAUGGACGACGCUGACCCUCUAGCUCUGAGACCUUUAAAUAACAGCGAUGUAAAGAAAGUGAAAGAAAAAACAGCAAUCAGUCAGGCGAUGGCUCUCAAAGCCUCCAACAACAUACAGAGAAUGAUCCAGGUGCUGCAGAGGAUGGCGGAGAAGAACUACAGAAGAGCCUGCCAGCUGUUCUGCUGCUCCUUCCAAACUCUGCUGUGUGAAAGGGUCACAUGCUGCCCAGGUCAAUAUCACCAACCUAAAGAGGAUAGAACUAGACAAGCGGCCCUUCAGAAUCCACCGUCCACCAUUUUGAUUGUGAACAUCAGCAACUCUACCUUGAUCGACUGCGUCAUUGGGAACGACACCUACCCUGCUGCUGUGGCUGAAAGUCAACCUCUAAUGCAGGAACCUGAGCUCCGAAUGCACAAUCAGACGAGGUGCAGCUGCAGCUGUGGACAUCAGGGGGCAGCACAGACUUCAGCUUCUAUUCCUCCUCCUCCUCCUCCUCCUCCUCCACCUCUCUAUUCUCCCCUUCCAUCAGAUGAGCCUCCACGCAUCAACAUCCAAAGCUCCCAUCUGAACUGUGUCAUCAUCGGAGACAACAACUACAUGUACGCUGAGCAGACCUACUCAGCUGAAACAGAAGAGCCACAAGAGUGACGCUUUGGCCACACAGAGCACAUACAUACACACAAGCACACUACACACUCCAGCAACACUGUCAUCUUUGGUACUUAGACUUAGAAUGAAAUGAAACAUUUUCAGUCUCUAGACCACUUCUUUCUCGGUCUCCGCUCUGCACAAUAAGUGAAUAAGUGUCUGGCCACCACUGGCUAUAGACCUACAGUCAAUGAAAAAAAUAUUAAACCACCUUUGUUUUUUUCUAUUUCAAUUAUCAAGGGCGAGGGAGUGAAAUAACUUUUUCAAUGACUGUAUGUCUGGCUCUUUUACUCCUUUGGCAUUAUUUUUUAGGGCCAUAUUUAUUUAUUUUUUAUAUUUUGAAUGAAUGUGUUGAUUAUUUUAUAGCUAAAUGAUACAUUGUUUUAUUUAUUAAAUAUCAGUGUUAUGAAAAAUGUUCACAUAUAUUGACACACUCAAAACUGUUUGGUCUAAAACCCAAGGAUAUUCAGUCUAAUACCAUAUAAAAAUAGCAAAUAUGCUCAUUUAGGAAGAAUAUUUGGCGUUUUUGCCAGAUUAAAUAACCUAAAUGAGGAAGUAAUUAGUGUCUGAACUGCUAAUGGAUUAAUGAAAAAACAGCUGUUUAAAAAAUAUGUAUAUAAAACUGAUGCCUUGGUUUUGACAUGACUCGAAACUGGUCUUGGUCCUGACAUUUGUGACUGCUGAUUUUAAAACAUGACCAUCACAGUUGUCACAGUGUUGUAAGAGUUUUAACACGCACAAACAAACGUCAGAUGUUUUUCUUAUUUAAAUCUCUUCAGUAAAGAGGUUUCCUGUUUUGCAAUGCUGGGUCUUCCGUUGGGAUCAGAUGGAAAUUUUAUCACAUAAAUUUCAUACAUGGAUGUGACUGUAGGAUGAUUCAUCUCUGGUCUCCAGUGGUUGGAUAUGCUGACUUAGGAAAGACCACUUGCUGUAGGAUUCCUUUGAUCUGCUUAUGAAUUGUUAUAUUUUGUAUAGACAAACAGUAUUCAGAUACUGUGAAUGUUACUGAAAUGCUUAUCAUGUCAUGAUACAGACGUUGGCUUAUGCUACAAUGUAUGGCCUAUGGUCAUUAACAGUAGACUACUUAGUAGUGUUCAUUGCUGGAAGUCAUUUUGACUUCUUGCAUUCAUACUGUACAUAAAAUAUCCUUGAAUUGCUACUAUUGUGUAUACUGAUAUGUUAAUGUAUGAUAUGAUGUUGAUAUGCUCCAUGUUACCUUCACACAGUGUAAUACUUUUCUUAUUUUUCUUAAAUAUUAGAUACGUUUUUGAUUUUGUUGUGGAAUUUUGUUGCAUACUGUGAGUUUGAAAAGACAAAAACACGUUUUACAAAUUUAAAUAAAGAACAAAGAAGAUACA